AUGGCCACAGAAAGCUCACAGCACGUCAAGAUUCUACGUCAAAAGAGAGGCGGCAUCAAAACGCAACUGACACUGUUCGAAAAGUACCUACGAACGUAUCAGGAUGCUCCCAACCACACCGCUUUAACCUGCAGGCUACAACGCCUAAAGGAGGUCUACGGGGCGUACGACGACAUCCAAGCCGAGUUGGAAGUCCUUCAAGAAAGCGUAGACCAAGAGGAAGAACGCAGCACCAUGGAAGAACGAUACAUGGAAGCAGUCAUUCAAGCCGAAAUACUGCUAUCAACAGCCAUCAACACUGUUGAUCAACGAGACUCCCCAGUCUCCACGCAAGGAUCUGGACCAUUCGUCAAGCUGCCCAAGGCAGACCUGCCACGCUUCGACGGAAGAUUCGAAGAAUGGUUGUCAUUCAAGGACAAAUUCUUCUCCAUGAUUGACAGUCAGGAGAGCCUGUCGAAUGUUCAAAAAUUGCAAUAUUUGCAAUCAGCAGUAUCCGGCGAAGCGGCCAGGGUCAUCGGAGCAAUGGCAACCACUGGGCCCAACUAUACACAAGCAUGGCGACUGUUAGAAGAAACGUAUGCCAACGAACGACUAAUCGUCACGCGGCAUGUGGAUCUUUUAGUGCAAACAGCUCCUGUAGCCAAGGAAACUGCUGCUACCUUGAGAGAAUUCGUGAACCACGUGCAACAACAUCUUCGAUCCCUCAAAACUCUCGAGGUUCCAGUAGAGCAUUGGGACACUCUCCUGCUGUCCAUAUUGUUGCCCAAGCUCACGCAACAAAUCAGGUUAACUUUCGAUCACACCCUCAAGGACAACGAGCUGCCGAAAAUCGAAGGGUUGAUGAAGUUCCUCACACAACGAGCGAGAAGCCUGGAGACGACAUCAGUCGCCUCGGAUCCAGCGUUGACUGCUUCACCAACGAAGAAGAAGCCAACUUCACCGACCUCAUCAAGACGACAAUUUCCUAAGCCAAGAAAUUCUUCGCCAAACAAACCAUCCAAAGUGUUCGCAACAAAUACCAAAAGCUUCAAAACCGAGUGUUCCUACUGCAAACGCAGCGGGCACUAUAUCAGCCGAUGCGAGGGUUUCCACGCCCUUUCAGUGAACCAGCGCAUCCAGUCGGUGAAGCGGGCAUCUUUGUGCUCCAACUGCUUACGCCAGGGGCACACGUCUGAGCAGUGCAACGCGUCAGGCUGCCGAAUUUGUGAUGAAAAUCACAACACGCUACUGCACGUUCCACGAACUCCAAGAGGUUCACCAUCUCGAAGGUCGACGGACAACGCACGUGAAGCCUCGACCAGUCCGGCAUGA